AUGUCUGAUGUACCUGAAAAUAGACCUACUUGUAGUAAAAUUUCUAUUGUAGCAUCCUGUUUUAUCCGAAAAAAGGAUGAGGGUCCUUCGCCUAAAAAGCGUAAGACUGCCUUUGAAGAAGACCCGUCUGUUAAAUUAGAACAUAGGUUGGGGGGUAUAUUGUGUUGCGCAGUUUGCUUGGACCUGCCUCCAGCCGCCGUAUACCAGUGUAGCAAUGGACACUUGAUGUGUGCACCAUGUUUCACUCAUCUACUGGCGGAUGCGCAGCUUCGUGACGAGUCAGCUACCUGCCCGAAUUGCCGUGUCGAGAUCUCCAAAACCUCAGCCUCAAGAAACCUAGCAGUUGAAAAAACUGUUUCUGAACUGCCUUCUGAAUGCAAAUUUUGCACUUGUGUCUUCCCUAGGCAUGCUUUGCAAAAUCAUGAAGACAAGAUUUGUGAAGAUAGUGGAAACGAGUACAAGUUCUCUCAGUUAUCUGUGGAAGUAGCGUCGCCCGCGGCUGUGAGUGGUUUGGUUCGCAUCGUGGUGUGGGUAGUCGGCCUCCUGCUAGCUUCCUUCAGGAGCCGACCGCUCGAGGCGACGGCACACAAGCGGCGUAGGUAUCGCAGGCUGACGGGGUGUCUCUACGAGCGUAUCGGAUGCGGAUGGCGCGGGCCUGCGCACGAGGCCAGCGCACACGAGGCGGUCUGCGAGAGGCCGCAGCGAUCGGCAGGAGAUGUGCUACCGGCGCUGGAGGAGCGCGAGGCGCGGGCCGCUGACCACACACGCGUCUACACGCAGAUAUUCUCCCUCCUGUCCCUAGAGAAGAUUACUUUUAAUGAUUUGCAGCUGAAGCCGUACCGCACGGAAGAGUUCAUGCAUAAGCUGUACUACGAAACGUUGCGGUUCCCUUCAUUCGGGCACCAAUGGGUGGUGAAGGCUUUCAUCAACAAUAACCAGCCACACCCCACCCACACUGCGCAUCGUGAGAUAACAUACCAGCUAAUCCUAAAGAGCAAGCCGCAAUGCGAGCUCUCAGUGCAGUGGGUAGUAGCGAGGGGUCCCUUUGGCGAGGCGCGCCUGGCCCCUCGGGUCUCAUCACACACCUUCCGCGGCGACGACGACCCUGCGCCUGCGCCUUUACCCCUCGCGGACCCUGAGGACACCAACCGGUUGCUCUCAAACAAAGCCAUACAUUUUAGACUUCUCAUGUUUCUUACGAACAAGUAA